AUGGAAUGCGGAUGGGGGAACUGUUCCGAGGUAUUCCAGGACCAGAAGGACUAUGCUGCACAUGUAAAUAAGCACAUACGGGAGACGGAUGUGCGCACCUGUGAGUGGAAGGGAUGCACAAAACUAUUUGAGAAGAAGAUAAGUAAGUGCACUCUUCUCACGCACAUAAGAACGCACACCCGGGAGAAGCCCUUCAAGUGCGCCCUAUGCACAAAGGAGUAUAGCAGGUCAGAUGCACUGAGCAAGCACAUGAAAUCACAUGAGCAGAUGGCAGCAGACGAGAAUAUUUUUAUGAAGAAAAUACUCUACCUCAAUCAGAUACACCAGGAGAUAGAGCUUCGUAUAAUAGGUAUAAGAGAGGAAUAUAAUAGACUCAUAGUAGAAAAUGAUGUGUUGCUUAAGCAUAUUUGCAGCGCAAGGCGGUAA